AUGCCUACUGAGAGCCCUUCUCAUAGUGGAUAUCCUCCCAAGGAUCAUCCACAGGUCGAGAACAUUGAAGAUCCCGCUGCUUCGUCAAAUGAUGCUCCUAUCGUCUUUCUAGAUGAGGAGAUCUCAUACGGAAAAGGCGGCAUUCGCGGCGUCGUCCAAUCGCCCUACAUCUUCGGCGCUGCAUUCUUAGCAUCCAUGGGAGGCUUUUCCUUUGGAUAUGACCAAGGAGUCAUCUCACUCGUCAACGUGAUGAGUCAGUUUCAUGAGGCCUUCCCUCGCUCUGAGACUGCGUUUGGCAAAGGUCUCAUGACAGGCAUGCUAGAGCUUGGGGCUUUCAUCGGAUGCCUCUUCAUGCCCACCCUCGCCGAUAAAAUCUCGCGCAAAAAGGCUCUUUCAAUCGUUGUAGUCAUCUUCAACAUUGGCGCUAUCAUGCAAACUGCGGCCAACUCCUACGGCCUUCUGGUUGCUGGAAGAACCAUAGGUGGUAUUGGUGUCGGGACACUUGCAAUGGGUGCCCCAAUCUAUAUCUCCGAAAUCGCGCCUCCCAACCUGAGAGGAACCCUACUUGUCCUUGAGUCGGUCUCAUGUGUCCUGGGCGUGGUAGUAUCCUUUUGGAUCACAUAUGGUACCCGCAAUCUCCCCGGCGAGCUCUCUUUCCGACUACCAUUUGGCCUUCAGAUGGUAUGCAGCACUAUUCUCGGUAUCGGCAUCCAUUUCUUUCCCUAUUCGCCACGAUGGCUCGCUCUUGUCGAUCGAUCGGACGAUGCACUGCAAAGCUUGGAAAGGCUCCGCCGACUCCCCAGAACUGAUCCUCGUGUCGAGAAAGAACACAUUGGUAUAAUGAAUGAAGUGGCCCUGCAGAAGAUCAUGCAAGAGAAGCGACACCCAGGCGUGAGUGGCCUCAAGCUUGAGAUUCUCGGCUGGAAGGAUCUUUUCCAGAAGAAGUCAUGGCAUCGAACUUCCAUCGCCGUUGGCGUGGCCUUCUUACAGCAGCUUUCGGGCAUCAACGCAUUCAUCUACUAUGCUCCUACACUGUUUCAGUCGUUGGGCCAAUCAUCUGAGAUGUCAGUGAUCAUGUCUGGUGUCUUCAAUAUGUUGCAGCUUGUUGCAGUGACGGUUUGCUUUUUCAUCAUCGACAAGGUUGGAUGA